AUGCUCCAGUAUCCGAGAUUCAGCCCAGCCCACCGCACCGUCCUGAGUGCAACAAGAGCACAGCUUGAGCAGGGGGUUGUGCAGGGACGGGCCGUCACUGACACGCGCCGGUUUGUUCAGGGCAUCGGCGAGGCGUUCGGCGUGGCCGCGUUUUGCCACCUGGGCGAGAUCAUGGAGGCCCUGAGGGACUUCAGCCGCCUCCUGGAAUCAAGGAAGUCCGUCCCCGGCGAGGCUUCCGAGGAGGAAAGGGACAGCGCCGAGAGGGAGAUGCACGCCACCUCGCUGCUGUGCUGCGGGCAGGCAGCCUCCGGAGCCAAACCAGACGACUUGCUGCAGAUGGCGGAGCACAUUGUCGCAGAGGUCCUCUUCCACUUCCGUGCCCAAAGCAAGGAUGAGGAAAUGAAGAGGAUCUUCAUGCGGGCAAUUGUAAUGAUUGCCAGAGCAAUUGUGCGCACCAGGAGGGAAGACGCCGAAUUCCCACGAAAAUCCGAAACUGUGGUGUGCAUUUCUGGCAUCAUUGAAGAAGAGCCGCUGGGGUCCUUGUCCAUCAAUCACCUCCACCAGGCCUUGGUCACCAUCAGCAGCAUGACGUGCUUGAAGCCUCCUCUGGAGUCGGAGGUGAGCUCGGAGCUCGUGAGCAAAGCCAUCCAGAAGGUGCUCUCCCUGCCCUUCUUCCGGGUGGCCAGAGGGAACGCUGGCAGCCCAACCUUCCAGACGCAGGUGACUUGGCCUUCCCCCGGGGGCUCCGCGUGA